AUGAAGUCGUUUUAUUACCGAUCCCUCGCUUUGCGAUUCUUGCAAAUCUUUGUACUUUUUAAUAUAGGUAAUCGCCAAGUGUAUGCAGAUUUGAAUACGCAGUUUGGAUGUUACCAGGUCGAUGAAAGUUUAUCCGUCAAAGGUAAUUACCAAUUCCUCACUCCUCAGUACUGCUAUGAUCAUCUAUGUAAUGACGAUCCUAAUGUUGCUUUUGUUGCCGUACGCGAAAAAAAUUGCUACUGCGGUAAUACACUUACAGCCCAAAAGGUUGAUUCUAGCAAUUGUAACAAAGUAUGCCCUGGUUGGGACCAGUUCAAAUGUGGUGGUGACCUCUAUUGGUCGGUUUACUUGACCGGUAGCGGUAUUUUGCAUACGUCGUCUUCUCAGAGUUCCUCUUCUACUUCUUCUACUCAUUCAUCCUCAAAGACUUCCUCUACGCCGUCUUCCACGACGAGCUCAACGUCAAGUUCUGCACCAUCUUCCAAACCUACUUCUUCCUCCCAUUCCCCAUCUUCUAGCCAGUCAUCAUCUAGAAUCACAUCGCCCAGCUCAUCAUCUUCUCAUAUGCCAACAACUUUUUCUUCGUCCUAUGUGAGAUCAGUGACUCCCAGUCCCACAAGCUCAUCUUCAUCUUCGACGGGUUCACCAAAUGGUUCUCAAGGCUCAAAGAUGAAUAACUCAUUGAACACUGGUGCAAUUGUUGGUAUUGUGAUUGGUUGUGUUGCUUUUGCAGUGGUUAUCGCUUUAUGUAUUUGCCUAUACUUUUGGUAUAGGAAGUUUAAGGCAAGGAUGAAUGCUAAGGAUGAUAUAACUUUUCCCUCCUACAAGAGUGAACUGGACUCGCGUCUUGAUCCUGGCAUGCUGAAAAAUCGCAACUCCGCCGAAUCGUUGGCCGAUAGUCAAGAUUACUCGAGAAGAAUUUUAAGGGUCAUGAAUUAA